AAAUUAAACCUCACCAAAGAAAAUGGCUUCACUAAAAGUAUAUUCAGUGGGUAGACUAGUAAAACAUAUAACAGAUUCGAGUCUCCGAUCAUUACGGGGGAACAUUUACAGAUCUUCAGUCAGAGGCUACAGUACCGAGGAAAAGGCUGCAGAAGACUCAUCCGGUGAUAAACAGAUGCCCACAACAUUGGAGGACUGUCAUAAACAAAUCGAAACAUUAAGUACUGAAGUUUCCACACUUAAACAACAACUUAAGGAUUAUGAAGACAAAUACAAGCGUGCUCUAGCAGACGGAGAGAACGUCAGAAGACGUAUGAUGAAGCAAGUUGAAGAUGCUAAGUCAUUUGCUAUACAGAGCUUCUGUAAAGACCUUCUUGAUGUUGCGGAUACACUGAGUGCAGCUGCAGACAGUGUGCCCGAGAGGGCGGAGGCACACGCGGAGAGCGCGGCGGCUGCGCUACGUUCCCUGCACGAUGGCUUGCGUCUAACGCGAGCACAACUCGACCAGGUGUUUGCUAGACAUGGGCUGGUGGCAGUGUCUCCGUUGAGAGAGAAAUUUGACCCCAACCUGCAUGAGGCGUUGUUCACACAGGAGGUAGAAGGUUUUGAGCCAGGCACAGUGGUGACUGUCAGCAAGGUUGGGUACAAACUGCACGAGCGUUGUGUGCGACCUGCGCUUGUGGGUGUUGCUAAAGGCUAGUGCGUAUCGUAUAGUGCGUGCGGUGGUGCGGGGUGGCGGACUGUGUAAUAUAUUUCAAUAUUCCACAAAUAAAACGUUAUUUCUGUCAUGUAUUUAUA